GGAUCUACGUUCAGCUCAGUCCAGUUCGGUGUUCGCUAGUCGCUAGUCGCGCGCGAGGGUGGUUAUCGUCACGGUCGUAGAACUCAGUAGCAGUGUGAAGUGCGAGGUGAAGCCAAGUGAAGGUAGAGUUCGUGGCUGACCCCUGUAGAUUGGGUACCAAUUGGGCCGCCCCCCCUUUGCUAACUGAACCAAUACCAACGAUAUCGCUCUUUGUGGGUUGUGUGGUAUUGUCGUGGAAGGUUUUGCAGACUUGGACGGAUAGCUGAACGCGGGGAUAAGUCUCGUCGCGGGAUCGCGCUGGAUAAGGAAGUGCUGCAAGAAGUUGUCUCUCCCGCGAGGGGUUCGUGAAGAGUGAGUGUGGAGUUGGCGAGCAGACGGAAUUGAUGUGUCCGUAGUCUGGUUCCCCCCUGUGUACUGGUACGUGUACGUGAGUGUGUGCAAUUGAAAGUAAUGGCGAAUGCUACUGGUGGUGCUGUGGUGCUUAAAAGUGCACUUUUUCUGCUGAUCUUGCUGGCCGACUGCUGUCGUGUGAACUAUGCGGAAGAUUCCCUCGACCGCGUGAGGCGACAAUCAGACCCAGCUAAGAAACCCUCCUCGGCAGAGUCCCAAACGCCAGAUCCAACACAAAUACCGGGCGGUGGUAAACCCGCGCUCAGCGAGAACAAAACCAGCGCCACAAAGCUUAAACUUCAGAAUGAAAACCUCACCGGCAAGAAACCGCUGAUCGCGGCCAACGGUACGCUGUACACGUCGGCAGACCACCUGCUCGGUGCCAAUGGAACCGGCCAGCGCAAGGACUACACCCUGGUGCCGUUCAAGCCGGGCGCGGAACCCAUAACCGUGCCAACUCCAACGGCCAUCAACACCUCGCUGGACGUCGCCAAGAGCAAACUGCUCACGAAGCUGACGGCCUCCGAAGGAUACUCGACGAACACGUCCACGACCUCGACGACCACCGUCCCGGAUCCGCUGAGCGAUGCCAUCAACAUCGACACCGUCGAACGGAGCGAAGCCGACCUGAACACGACGCUGCAGAACUUCAACAUCACCCAAACCCAGGAGGACUACCACACGUACUACAACAGCGUCUGGACGACCGAUAAGAACGCCAGCGAAGCGUACUGGAAGCGGCUGGACGCGAUGAACGUGAGCAGUCUGCUGUCCAACUCGCACCGGAGGGCCACGACCGUCCUGCUGACAUUCGACUUCCCGUACUACGGCUUUCCGAUCCGGAACAUCACGAUCGCCACCGGCGGCUUCCUGUACACCGGAGAUUACGUGCACUCGUGGCUCGCCUCGACGCAGUACAUUGCGCCGCUGAUGGCCAACUUUGACACCAGCCUGUCCACCAACUCGUUCGUCAAGUUCCGUGAUGAUGGUGAAACCUUCACCGUGGUCUGGGAGAACGUGUCGCUGCAGGAUCGGCCCGAGAAUGGUUCGUUCACGUUUAGCGCCACGCUCAACAAGUCCGGCGACAUUGUGUUUGCGUACAAGACCAUUCCCAUCGACAUCCAGCAGAUCUACGACGACAAACAUCCGGUCAAGGUUGGCCUGUCGGACGCUUACAUCAUCGACAAGACCAUCUUCCGUACUAAGCAGAAAACGAUCUACGAGUACCACCGGGUCAACUUUGGCCGGUCAAAGGUCCAGAACGAUACGCUCAUCACGUUGUACGCUCAGCCCACGUGCUUCAGCUAUAAGGACUGCCAGUCCUGUAUGAACCACGAGGGUUCGGACUUCAAGUGCAUUUGGUGUCCGACGCUGAACCGCUGCUCAACCGGUGUCGACCGUAAACGUCAAGACUGGAUCCAGAAGGGUUGCGACAAAACGCAAAUCAUGGAGAUCUCCGUGUGUCCGGCGCUCGGCUCCAAGGGCAACAACUACGGCGAACCGGUCGAGAUCAGCACCGAGGGCAACGACACCAACGGAACGUACCGGCACGAAACGGAGAUUCAGCUGUCCAAGAGUGGCACCAACAAGAGCGGAGCCCCGGCCGGGGCCGCCAGCCACGAUGACAGCGUCAACAGGGUGCCCGCCUUCCACACCGGCAUGGAGCACGAAUCGUCCAGCAGUAGCCUGCUGGUGACGGUGCUGGUCAUCUGCUGUCUGGUGUUGACGUGCGGCGGCUGGGUGCUGUACGCGUACCGGAAUCCGCACACCAAGAGCGGCCAGCUGCUGAUCAGAAUGCAAAAGUACCGUCCCAACAAGUGGUCCUGGCGGCGGGGCGAGGCACGCUACACGGCCGCGACGAUCCACAUGUGAGACCGGCGCCAGCAAUCUCCCCUGCAGCAGCAACGUCACCCCCAGCACCCGGACUACCACCGGCCGCUGCUGCACCUGGUCGGCCACGAGGAGGAACGUCUGCUGAGCUAUCUGUACCACCUGGACGAGGCGUCCGGCUUUGGGCCGGACGGCGGUGACCUGUUGGCCGGCAGCGGACUCGAGGUGUCCGACUACAGCUUUGCACCGUCGGCGGCGGCGGCAGACCUGGGUGACUGAGCGGGGGGACCGAGCGAUGAGUGAGAACGGAUGAGUGUGAUUGAGUGUGGAUGAGUGCGUGAGAACCUCUUUGUUACGUUUCUUUUAAAUUCUACGCGAAGACAAAAAAAAUACUUAAAAUCCCAAGAGAGAGCGAGAGAGAGAGAGAGAGAGAGAGUGCGAGUGGUGUCCCUCUGAACUGAAGAGGAGGGACGUGUCCAUGGGAUGCACCCUAAACUAACUUUCCCUGCCCCCUAACAUCACCGAGAAAAAUGGCAAUUAUUUAAUUUUUAUGUGUUUUUCGUUGUCUAUUUCCCUAUUCUAACACAGUUGUAGUGAUAUUUACACCUUUAUUUUAGCGAAAAAUCUGUCCAGUUGUAUUGUGUAAGGAAUAUAGAAUUGUAAAUGUUCUUCUUUUCUUCUUCCAUUUUCUGUUAGGGUAAUUUUAAAAACAUAUAUUUUAUUUCGAAAACAACCCUACUUUAUACGCUGUAUUUCCCCACUCUAUCAAAUAAUGUCAUUUAGAAUGUAGGCGAUUAAUCAAAAGAAAAGAAAAAAAUAGAAACGUGUGAGUAAAAUGA